CUCCUCUCUCUCUCUCUCUCUCUCUCUCUCUCUCUCUCUCUCUCUCCAUAAGCAAGUUUCUCUGAAGAAACAAUCAUAUCCAUAAAAGGGCAUUUAUCAUUUCCUCAAUCCACUGGUCAUUCUGUCUAGACUAGAAAGAAUUCCUUCCUUGGCUGAUUGUAACUUAUGAGUAGAAACAUGAAUCAUCGUCCAAUGGAACUGGGGAGGCCUGCCUCAGGUAAAAGAAAGUUGAAGGAUUUAUUGCUGCAAAAAGAUAAUCGCACUUGUGCUGAUUGUGGUGCUGCUGAUCCUAAAUGGGCGUCAGCAAAUAUUGGAGUUUUUAUAUGCCUAAAAUGUUGUGGCGUGCACAGGAGUCUUGGUACACACAUCUCAAAGGUUUUGUCUGUGACACUGGAUGAAUGGUCUGAUGAUGAAAUCGAGGCUAUGACUGAAGUUGGAGGGAAUUCUUCUGCUAACUCAAUCUACGAGGCUUUUCUUCCAGAAGGAUAUUCAAAGCCUGGACCAGAUGCUGGUCACGAGGAACGUUCAAAGUUCAUCCGGUCAAAGUAUGAGCUUCAAGAAUUUCUGAAACCUAGCUUGCGGAUUAACUCAGCAAGUAAACCUCAAGAAACUCCAAAGAUCUCUGUUCAAACAAGCUUUUCUAGAAAGAUUAUGGAUAGUUUUCGUUCAAAUUCUUCAAAGCCUACGGACGGUAUGGUAGAGUUCAUUGGAUUAUUGAAGGUAAAGGUGAUUAAAGGGACGAAUUUAGCUAUCAGAGAUAUGAUGACAAGUGACCCUUAUGUCAUCCUUACUCUUGGACGUCAGACUCUUCAGACAACUGUAGUAAAGAGUAACUUGAAUCCGGUCUGGAAUGAGGAGCUCAUGUUGUCUGUUCCCCAGCGAUAUGGACCUUUACAGUUGCGAGUGUUUGAUCAUGACUUGUUCUCGGCCGAUGACAUAAUGGGAGAAGCAGAGAUUGAUCUUCAGCCCUUGAUAACAUCUGCAAUGGCGUUUGGGGAUGCAGGAAUGUUUGGGAACAUGCAAAUCGGAAAAUGGCUGAAGUCACAUGACAAUGCCCUCCUAGACGAUAGCACUGUCAACAUUGUUGAUGGUAAGGUAAGACAGGCGGUGUCCCUCAAGCUCCAGAAUGUGGAAUGUGGAGAACUAGAUUUAGAACUAGAGUGGAUGCCUCUUGAGCAAUAGGUAAAUAUAUUACUUGCCCUUCCCCAUUUUUCUGAAUAGGAUCUGUAAUUUUGGUUUAGCUGUUGGUUUGGAAUGACACCAUAGAAUUGUGUCUCCAUUCUCUCCGGUAUUUGUUUAUAUAAAUAUUGAAUUGUUCCCCAUUUGAUUGAUAAAAAUGAGAGCACAAGCCUCCUUGUACACAUUGCUUUUCCUUGGUUCCAAUGACUGUAGUUGUAAUGUAUGAUUUGCCUUUAUUUU